AUGCCUCGAGAAAGCCAAUACGACUCGGAGCAACUGAGACAACCGAUUCCGAUACGAACCUGGGACCGGACGAGUGAGGGUGAUAGAUACCAACAAGCAUCUCAUGUCCUUCAUCGUGUUGCUGAGGAUGUCUCACCUGUGUCGGCAGCCAGUCGAGACGAGAUAGCUCCAUCAGUGCCAGCGAAAUCAUUUAGCAGAUCGGGACCUCAUGCCAGCAGCAUCUAUACAAGAGCUGGUUUUGCUGAACAUCAACCUCAGGUUGUGCUUCAAGUUCCAGCAAUCAAACGGAAGCCAGUUAGAGCCACUACCCAACCUCUACCAGCGCCGUUAUCGACCGAAAACCUGGGAAUUCACGAUGAUAUGUCUAAUGAGCAACAGCACCCACCGCAACCAUCCAACAAUAAAUCUUCUCGCUGGCCCCAACUCAUCGGCAAUGUUUCCUUUCUAUUCAUCCCUGUGUUAUUCCUCACGCUAGGCUUAGUCCUCGGGAGCCUUGAUGGGAAACCAACAAACGAGAGACGGCACUGGAACACCUACCAGAACUUAAUGCAAAUUGCAGCGACUUUAUUUCCAAUUACUUUCGCCCUCAUUACAGGGCGGGCUGCAGUGAAAGUCGCAGCAUAUAUUCUUCAAAAUGGCACGACUCUUGGGAAACUUGAACAGAUGAUGGGAAGCAAGACAAUUAGCGGUACAAUUGGCACCCAGUUUCAGCUCCGGUCCUUCAAUGCUCUUGGAUUAUGUCUUAUAUUGCUGUGGCUGCUAUCGCCCAUUGGCAGUCAGGCAUAUUUGAGGCUGGUAUCUCCUGGCCUAGACUCCAGAACAAGCCCUUCGUUGGUGCCAUACUUUACAACAGACACACAAUCAAUGUUUGCUGGUGGCGAUUCUAUAUCGUCUGAUUUAGUGCAAUCUUCAGUCUUCAGAUCGAUGUUUGCUGCAGCGCUGCUAAGCCCAUCAGAUUCGAAGACUGGACCAAUGGACCUUUGGGGUAAUGUUAAGAUUCCGUCCCUAUCGUCUCUACAGCCUAUUACAGGAGGUGAUUGGGUGACGCUGUCGCCUAAUGAUUCAGUCGUCUACUCAUCUUUGGUAGGAAUUCCUAUUGCUGCCUCAGGGAUUGGGACGACGGAUCUUUCUAUCGAGUCGAGUUAUAUAAAUUUGAACUGCGGAACUCCCAACAGGAUGUCAGGAUUUAUGAAUUUGCAACCCUUCUACCACGAUAGCAACCCCAACAGCUCCCCCUAUUCUGUGGAUAACGGUACAUGUCGUGGCAUCGAUUCCUCCGUUGCCUCCAGUGUCUAUAAUACCACUGCAACAUGGUCGAUCGGCUUAGACUCAUUCGUCUCUCCCCACUUCAACGGAAAUUUAUCGACCAAGUCAUCGUCGAAAUCCUGCCAACCAGGGAGCCAAGGAUAUAUUGCUUCUCCCUGUUCCCUGCGGAACCUCUCUCCAGCAGAGGUCAGACGAGGAACACUCCUAUUCCAGUCUUUGCAAGUAGCUCCCGAUGAGCGCUCUACGUCACCUAGAGUUGAUGCUGCGUUUUGCCAGCUGAAUCAAGUCUAUGUAGAAUCUCAAGUGACUUGUACCACUACAGCCACUACCCCACGAGUUUGCCGUGUCGUUGCCCAACGCAACUCUCAAGGUCACCACGCACCAUCAGCCCUCACGCCACUCUCGUUUCCAGAGAUAUUCCAAGCAAUGUCGCUCCAUCUUCCCCGCUCAUUUGGGACUGAAGAAUCCUCAUCCAGAUCCGACCCAUCAAUCUACUACAUCAGCAAUCCUUCCCCAGCAGCCAUAACCACUGCCACGGGCCCAGUCGACCUAUCACAUACCCAGCCUCAGAUACUCUCUCAUCAUCUCGGCCAGAUCAUCAACACUUACUACACGCUCAGCCAGGCAUAUCAACUCAUUACCGAGGGCUCUCCUCAACAGCUCCCGGAUAACCCCACGGCUAUCUCAACUAUCAGGUUCUCGGAAGAAUUGUACCAGGUCGCUUGGCCAUGGUUCGUAUUUCUCAUCAUCUCAAUACUGGCCAUGUUACUCUCCGGUCUUGCUACAGUCAUUCUCUCCCUGCAAAUCCGGAACCCCGAUAUCCUUGGGUAUUGCAGCUCUCUGAUCCGGGAUUCCAAAUACAUUGAUUUGCCUAUCGAAGGAGGAAACGAUGAUGGCAUGAAGCGGACGAGAAUGAACUCGGACCUGAGAUUGACGAUGGGAGAGGUUAGGGACGCCGAGAAUUCUCACAUUGCUAUCGUGAAGGAGGAGGACAUGGUUUCAACGAGGAAGGAUGGCAGGGUGUAA